AUGCCAGGUGCCUUCAUCCCAGAAUCUGGGUUGGUUGCCGCCACUUCUACUCCAGCAGCACAAGAUGGUGAAUUGAAAACUACCGUUAUGCCAAAGGAAGAACCACACCAUGCUUCAGUUGCUGGUGAACCAGGUGUUUUUGUUCCAAAAGAUCAAGAAACUUUAUCUGCUUUUGAAAAAAUUGAAGACACCGAUGCUAAGGCUUUGAAUGAAAAUGUCACCGAAAUUGGUACUGCCAAUGUCAACAACAAUAACAAUAACGUUGAUGGCCAAUCCACUAUUCCUGCUCCAACUACUGGUGUUUUAGUUGAAGGUUCUGAAUUAACUCCAGAGGAAAGAAAGAAACAAAAGAAGAAGAUUAAGAGAUCUCAAUACAAGGCUAAGAAGAAGAAGAAGGCUGCUGAAGCCAAAGCUGCCAACGGUGAAGCCGCCGCUGGAUCUAGUGAAUUUGAUUCUGAAGAGAUGACUCCAGAACCAACUACUAAGGAUAUUAUUGAUGGUGAUGAAGAUAAAGAAAAGAUUUCUUCUACUGGUUUUGCUGCUGGUGCUGGCACUGCCGCUGCUUCAGCCGCUGCUGCCGGGGCUGCUUUAGCUAACCACUCUGAAACCCCAGGUUCCACUACUCACCCAGUCAAUGAUAUUGCUACCAAGGAAAUCGAAGAACCAGUUGUUGCCGAUGUCGAUGGUGUUGAUGGUGUCAAAGCACCAAUUGCCGAAGACACUGUUAUUGAUGAAGUUCCAUCUACUACUGUUGUUGUUGAAGCACCAGUUGUCAAUGAUUCCACCCCGGUUGACGUAGAUGAACCAGUUGUCAAUGAUGCGCCAGUUGUUGAUUCUACUCCAGUUGUUGACUCUACUCCAGUUGCCGAGUCUACUCCAGUUGUUGAAGAAACCAAGGUUGAAACCGAAGAAGUUGCUGCCAAUAACUCUGUUCCAGUCACUGAAACUGAAGAUGUUCCAAAGACCUUGGAUCCAAAAGUUGCUCUUGAUAAUGAAGCUAAAGAAGUUGAUGCUUCUCCAGUUCACAAAGAACCACUUGUUGUUUCUCAAGAUAACGAGGACAUAGUCAUUGCUGCUCCAGGUGAUACUGAAAAAGACAUUACAGCUGCUGUUGAAGCUCGCGAAGGUGGUAACGUUACCCUUGAAGAAAUUGAACCAACUGAAUCUCAAAAGGAAAGAUUAACCAAAGAAGCCAAUCUUAAUACCGCCACUGCUACUCAAAAGACUGAAACUCCAGCAAAGAAGACUGCUACUGCCCCAACCAAGGCUACCCCAACUGCCAAGUCCAACGGUAAGGCUGAGGAAAAGAAGAAAGGUGGUUUUAGAAAAAUGUUGAAGAAGAUCUUUUCUUAA